AGACGCGGCAGACAGAGUGUAUGUGUGUGUGUGUGUGUGUGUGAGAGAGAGAGCCCCCGGCUGUGUGGAUAAAUAAAUAAAAGAAGAAACCCAGAGAAAGGCUUGGGUGUAACUGUGUGAACGAGAGGCUGAGCCCAGAGCAGAGGAGACAGGAGCACAGGGAAGGAGGAGGAGGGUGAGAAAGAGUCAAAGAGAGACAGAGGAGAGAGGAAAAAGAGGGAGAGAGAGAUCAGAGCGUGGAACAGGUUCUUUCUGCAGCCCUCACACUCAGCCUCAGCAGACAUGCCUAACUUUGCCGGCACCUGGAAGAUGAAGAGGAGUGAGAAUUUUGAUGAACUUCUCAAAGCCCUGGGGGUGAACGCCAUGCUGAGGAAGGUGGCUGUGGCGGCGGCCUCCAACCCUCACGUGGAAAUCCGUCAAGACGGUGAGCAGUUCUACAUCAAAACGUCCACCAGCGUGCGCACCACCGAGAUCAACUUCCACAUCGGUGAACAGUUUGACGAGGAGACGGUGGACGGACGAAAGUGCAAGAGCCUCGCCACCUGGGAGUCAGAGAACAAGAUCCACUGCCAGCAGACUCUGGUGGACGGCCAAGGCCCCAAAACAUUCUGGACCAGAGAGCUGAACGGAGAUGAGCUCACACUGAUUUUUGGGGCAGAUGACGUAGUGUGCACACGGAUUUACGUCCGGGAAUGAAGCUCUGCGACCUUCAUCAAGACAAGGAAGGAACCCAGUUGGACCACAACUCGUUUAAAGCCAACAACACUCUAUCAUGCUAACAUGCUAACACAUUUGCGAAGUGUCCUGUGUAAUCUGUAAGCAUCAACCUGCAUAGUCUCUGUAAUCUGGUUAUUUGUAGUGAGUAUUGUGUCUGCAGUACAUUAGCUGGAUAUCUCAGUGUCAAUACCUGCAACCCUGGUAUCAGCUGUUUACGUAGGAUUUAGUCAUCAGUUGCAUCGAUAAGUAUUCAUGACAAGAAACAAUAAAAAAUGGAACAAACA